GGAAGCACAACUUGAAGGGUCAACUCUCCCCACCCUGUCUGCCUACCUUCGGUUAUUCAAGGGUGACCUAGUUCUACCAAGGAAAUUGACCGAGGUCAGACGACUCUGCCAUUUGACCGGUCUGCAGAGAUCCACGGUCUGUCUCUUUCCCCGUUCUGCCCAGUGAGUGGUACCAGGACCAAAACCAUAGCCUCUUAUCGCAGAAGCUCGUUACGGGGAAACAGAAUGGGACUGGUGUCCCUGUGCCUUGGGGAGAUGUGGUGGUGCUGAACUCUAACAGAACCAUUGAGGAGGCCCUGAUCCAAAAGUGGGUGGACUUUGCUGGCCGACCCCAGAUGCUAAAUGGAAAGAUGGACCUGGACCUGUCCCUGGGGGAUUAUUCGCUAACGUGGAAGGCCCACAAGAAACUCUCUCGCUUGGCCCUGAUGCUGGGCAUGCGAGACUCCAUGGAGCCUCUGAUAGAGCAGCUGACCCAGGAAUUCUGCGAGCGCAUGAGAGCCCAGGCUGGCACCCCCGUGACCAUCCAUAAGGAAUUCUCUUUCCUCACUUGCAGUAUCAUUUCCUGCCUCACUUUCGGAGACAAGGACAGCACGUUGGUCCAUACCAUUCAUGACUGCGUCCAGGACUUGUUGGAAGCCUGGAACCACUGGUCCAUCCAAAUCUUGACUCUCAUUCCCCUUCUCAGGUUCCUCCCCAACCCAGGCCUCCAGAAGCUGAAGCAGAUCCAAGAGAUUAGGGACAAUAUCGUAAAGCAGCAGCUGAAACGGCACAAGGACAGCCUGGUAGCAGGCCAAUGGAAAGACAUGAUUGACUACAUGCUCCAGGGAGUGGAGAAGCAAAGAGAUGGCAAAGACACAGAGCGACUCCACGAGGGGCACGUGCACAUGUCCGUGGUGGACCUGUUCAUCGGCGGCACUGAGACCACGGCUACCACACUCUCCUGGGCUGUGGCUUUCCUGCUUCACCACCCUGAGAUCCAGAAGCGGCUGCAGGAAGAGUUAGACCUCAAGCUGGGCCCCAGUUCCCAGCUCCUGUACAAGAACCGAAUGCAGCUGCCUCUGCUCAUGGCCACCAUCGCCGAGGUGCUGCGUUUGCGGCCUGUGGUGCCCUUGGCCUUGCCCCAUCGUGCAACUAGGACUAGCAGCAUCUCUGGCUAUGACAUCCCCAAGGAUACGGUCAUCAUCCCCAAUAUCCAAGGUGCCAACCUGGAUGAGAUGGUUUGGGAACUGCCCAGCAAGUUCUGGCCUGAUCGCUUCCUGGAACCUGGCAAGAAUCCCAGAACACCAUCCUUUGGCUGUGGGGCACGCGUGUGCCUGGGAGAGCCUCUGGCGCGGCUGGAGCUCUUUGUGGUGCUGGCUCGCCUGCUGCAGGCCUUCACGCUGCUGCCUCCACCAGAUGGCACCCUGCCCUCCCUGCAGCCCCAGCCUUAUGCUGGCAUCAAUCUCCUGAUUCCUCCUUUCCAGGUGCGGCUGCAGCCCAGAAACCCGGCGCCCCAAGUCCUGGGUGAGAAAUCUUUGACGGGAUAGGACGAGCCUCGUGCCUCGGUUUCUCCUUUAUUGCUCCGUUUCCCCUCCCUUUCCCCCCCUGUAAACAUGGUGCUGUGAGAUUGUGUCAGAGAAGGUUUCCUCGGUGAGGCACGCUGGCUCUUCUCUGGGCACAACCCCUCAGUGCUCGGCAGUCAUACCGGGGUGUGAGUGAG